AAUCCUUAAUUACUUUUAGUAAAAAAUAAAGGAAAAGAAAAAAUCACCUUCAUAUACCAAAACAAGUUUCAGGUAUUUAUCAUGUUAUGAUCGUUACUGCAAUUCCCUAAAUUCCCCUAUUACAUAUAAGCGUGAGGAUUUCAUUUUAUUUCUGACUUUGGUGAAUUGAUUAGAUUUGUUGAAAAGAGUGUGUGUUGAUUACAAAUAAUAACCAAGUGCAGUUUUCAUGUCUGAAUUUGACACAAACGACAUUCCAUCUACUUUUGAUCCGUUUGCUGAGGCAAAUGCUGAGGACUCAGGUAUCGGGGCGAAAGAUUAUGUUCAUAUCCGGGUGCAGCAGCGAAACGGGAGGAAAAGCCUUACAACAGUUCAAGGAUUGAAGAAAGAAUUCAGUUACUCCAAGAUUCUUAAGGACCUCAAGAAAGAGUUUUGUUGUAAUGGUACUGUUGUCCAGGACCCUGAGUUGGGCCAGGUCAUACAACUUCAGGGAGAUCAAAGGAAAAAUGUUUCUACCUUCCUUGUGCAGGCUGGCAUAGUAAAGAAGGAUAAUAUCAAGAUUCAUGGUUUCUAAUUAAGUACUACUGAAUAGCAAAAGAUUGUACAUCUAAAACUCAAGCAAUAGCCAGCUUUGCGUUAUUGUAUGUUAUGUGCUGUAAUCAUCUACUCUAGGUUUCUUAAUUAAUCAUUGUAUUAUGUAGUAAAAGAUUAUUAUAGAUUACUUAUAUAUGUGUGUUCCCAUGCAACCAUUUCGAAUAAAUUUCUCACUUUUCUUCCCCUUGUGCAUCA